AUGGCAGAUUCAUUCUUUUCUAAUUUUGGAGUGCUACUGUUGGAGGAAUUAGACAAUGAAGACUUAAAUAAAUUCAAGUUACUUUUAAAGGAGACCACGGAAACUGGACACUGCCUGAUGUCCUGGGCUGCAGUGAAGGCAGCCAGCCGAAAGCAGCUUGCUAACCUGAUAAACGAGCACUAUCCUGGAAAACAGGGCUGGAAUAUGAUUCUCGGACUCUUUGACAAGCUCAACCUGAAGGAUCUGUAUGAGAGAGCAAAAACGGAGACCAACUGGUCAGAGGCCACAUUACCAGAGAUGGAUGAGGCUGAGGAGAGACAGAUGGAGCUGAGUGUUAGAACAGAAUACAAACUUCGAAUAAAGGAAAAAUUUCUCAUUCUGGAUAAGAAUUCUUUGCUUGGAGAACCUUUUCACUUCUACUAUGGCGCUUCUCAACAGCAGAAACUUCUGGAAUGUUUGUUUCAAGUGAAUGCAAGAGGAGAUGAGCAACUCCAGACAGUGGUGCUUCGGGGAGCUGCUGGAGUUGGGAAAACAACUCUGAUGAGAAAGGCAGUUUUACAAUGGGCUGAGGAAAACCUUUAUCAGCACAAAUUUACUUAUGUUUUUUAUCUCAGUGGGAAAGAAAUUAGCCAGGAGAAAGAGCAAAGCUUUGCUCAGUUGAUCUCAAAGGACUGGCCUAGCACUGAAAUCCCCAUUGAAAAGAUCCUGUCCCAGCCAAGUAAUCUUCUAUUUAUUAUUGAUGGUUUUGAUGAACUAAACUUUGCUUUUGAAGAACCUGAAUUUGCACUGUGUGGUGACUGGACCCAAGUACACCCUGUGUCCUUCCUUAUAAGUAGUUUGCUGAGGAAAGUGAUGCUCCCUAAAUCAUCCUUAUGGGUGACUGUAAGACACACAGCUUCUAACAGACUAAAGCGUUUGUUUAAUCAGCGUUUGUUGAAGAGUCAGUGUUAUGUAGAUCUCAAAGGACUGUCCCAGGAUCAAAGAAAAGAGUAUAUCUAUCAGCUGUUUGAAGACGAGACCUGGGCCAUGAAUGCAUUUGAUUUAAUAAGAAAGAAUGAGGUACUUUUUAACAUGUGCCACGUUCCCUCAGUGUGCCGUCUCAUCUGUAAUUGUCUAAAACAGCAAAUGGAGACUAAUAAUGACAUCACGAAGAUAUGCCAGACAGCUACAGCUGUGUUUACAUGCUAUCUCUCUAGUUUAUUCUCACCCAGAGAUGAGUAUCUUCCUACGCUACCCAAUGAAGUCCAAUUGAGAAGCCUGUGCUGCUUAGCUGCCAAAGGCCUGUGGACUAUGACACAUGUACUUUAUAAGAAUGAACUCAGGAAGCAUGGAUUAACCACUUAUGAUACCUCAGUUUUUCUAGACAUGAAUGUUCUUCAAAAGGACAUAGACUAUGACAACUGCUAUAUAUUCACCAAUCUACAUAUUCAGGAAUUUUUUGCCGCUAUGUUCUACAUACUGAGAAGUGAUUGGGAAGAUAGAGAGCAUUCAUCCCAGUUUUUUGAAGAUUUGAACCUGUUACUUGAAAGUAAAAGUGAUUGUGACCCCAAUUUGACACAGCUAAAAUGCUUUUUGUUCGGCCUUUUGAAUGAAGACCUACUGAAACAACUGGAGGAAACUUUAAAGUGUCAAAUGUCUCUGAAGAUAAAAUGGGAGAUACUUCAAUGGAUAAAAGUACUAGGAGACAGAGACAUUUCUCCAUCAGAUACAGUAUUUCUGGACUUGUUUCACUAUCUAUAUGAGACUCAAGAUGAAGCAUUUGUAGCCCAGGCAAUGGGGAAUUUCUCAAACGUUGUCAUUAAUAUUUGUAGGGAAGCCCACUUGCUUGUGUCUUCAUUCUGCCUUAAGCACUGCCGAUGUUUGCAGACCCUUAAACUGGAUGUGGUUAUGAUAAGGUCCAGCCCUGCAGCUGAAACUAUUCAAUGCUGGCAAAAUCUCUUCUCUGUGCUUAAUACAAAUGAACACUUGACAGAACUGGACUUGUGUCAUAGCAACCUUGAUGAGUUAAUAAUGAAGAUUCUUCAUCAAGAACUAAGGAAUCCAAACUGUAAACUACAAAGACUCCUGCUGAGGUUUGUUGCUUUCCCUGAUGGUUAUCAAGAUGUCUUUAGUUUCUUGACUCACAAGCAGAAUCUGAUGCAUCUUGACCUGAAAGGAAGUAACACAGAGGAUGACGGCGUAAAAUUACUGUGCGAAGCUUUGAAACACCCAGAAUGUAAACUACAAAAUCUGGGGUUGGAGGCCUGCAACCUAACCUCAGUUUGUUGUCAAGAUAUAGCUAAGGCUCUCAUCAAAAGCAAAAGCCUGGUAUUCUUGAACUUGUCAACCAAUACUCUGCAUGAUGAUGGAGUAAAGUUCUUAUGUGAGGCCUUGGGACAUCCAGAGUGUUACCUACGGAGACUGUCGUUAGAAAGCUGUGGCCUCACAGAAGUGAGUUGUGAGGAUCUGUCUUCGGCUCUUAUCAGAAAUAAGAGCCUGACACAUUUAUGCUUGGCAGACAAUUCAGUGGGAGAUCGUGGAAUAAAGCUUUUAAGUGCUGCCCUGAAACAUCCAGAGUGUACUCUGCAGAGCCUUGUGCUGAGGCGUUGUCAUUUCACUCCGAUUAGCAGUGAAUAUCUCUCAUCUUCUCUUCUAUACAACAAGAGUCUGAUACAUCUGGAUCUGGGAUCAAACGAUCUUCAAGAUGAUGGACUAGCCGUUCUGUGUAAUGUCUUUCAGCAGUCAAACAGUAAUCUUCAGGACUUGGAAUUGAUGGGUUGUGUUCUCACUACUGCAUGUUGUCCUGAUUUGGCUUCUGCAAUUCUGAACAGCCCAAACCUAUUAAACCUAGAUCUUGGGUACAAUGACUUGCAGGAUGAAGGAGUGAAAAUACUGUGCGAAGCUUUGAGAAAUCCAAACUGCAGUAUUCAGAGUCUUGGGCUGGAAUAUUGUGGUUUGACUUCUCUGUGUUGUCAGGAUCUCUCCUCUGCUCUUCUCAGCAACCAAAGGCUGAUAAAAAUAAACCUAGCACAGAAUUCCUUGGGCCAUGAAGGACUUAGAACUUUAUGUGAAGUCUUGUCAUGUCCAGAAUGUGAACUACAAGUUCUAAGGUUGUGCAAAGAUGGAUUUGAUAAGGAAUUGCAGAGGCUGCUGGCAACUGUGAGAGUUAGCAAUCCGAAAUUAGCCAUAAAUUUUUCCUGUAAUGAAAGUGGGUACUGGUGGUGGCGUUUUUGA